GAUAUCGUAAAUUGGAUACAGUUAACUAUAUGAUCAAAAUCGUUUAAUAAUUUGAAUUAUAGAUCAUAUAAUAAACAAUCUGAAAAUAAAUACUAAACUUCAUCUAUUGGUAGCCCAAGAUGAUUAAUAUAGUAAUGUCAGUAUUGACAUCGGAGCCCGUUGUCGAACCAUGGAGACGACAAAUAUCAGGAUUAAUGGGGUCAACUUCCUUAGCAUGUUGGAUAGUAUUAUUAAUGCCUCAAUUAAUAGAGCAAUGGAGAUUAAAAUCAGCAGAAGGAAUUGCUAUUGGUUUUAUUAGUAUUUGGUUCUUAGGUGAUGUAUUUAAUUUAAUAGGAUCUAUUUGGGCUAAACUUUUACCUGAAGUUGUCUUCUUAGCAGUAUGGUUUUGUAUUGCUGAUUUCCUCAUGAUAUUUUCAUAUAUUUAUUAUACUCAUAUUUAUCCUAAACAUCAUCAACAUCCUCAUCAUCAUCAUCAUCAUCCAAAUCAACAUAAGAAGAGUGUCAGUAGUACUCGUUCCCAGGGAACUAUUGAACCUAAUGGCUCAACUCCUACAAUUAGAGUAUCAGAAUCAACACCUUUGGUUACAGCAGGUCAAGAUCAUGAACAUCAUCACCAUCAUAGUCAUGAUCACGAGCAUGAUCAUGAUCAUGAACAUGAACAUCACCAUCAUCAUAGAAGAAGAUCUUCAACUUUAACAGACAUUGCAUUAGAACCAGAAUAUCAUUCUAUUUUCACUAAAUACAUAUUACCAAUUUUAUUUGUAGUUGCUACUGGUAUAUUGGGUUUUUAUUUAGGUAGUGCAAUUCCUGAUAAAGAUACUGAUAAUCCAAAUCCAAUUCCAACUCCUGAACCUCAACCAAUUCAAGUUGGACCACAAAUUAUGGGAUAUUUAUCGGCUUUAUUAUAUCUUGGAGCUCGUAUUCCUCAAAUUAUUCAAAAUCAUAAACGAAAAUCUGUCCAUGGAUUAAGUUUAUUAUUCUUUUUAUUCUCUACUUUGGGUAAUUUGACUUACGCUGGACAAAUCUUAUUUUAUCGUAAUGAUCAUGAAUAUAUUUUAUUGAAUUUGAGUUGGUUAUUGGGAUCAUUAGGAACAAUUUUUGAAGAUUCAAUAAUUUUCUUACAAUUUUAUAUUUAUAAGGAUAGUAAAAGUGAAGACGAUGAUGAAGAUACAACAAGCCUUGAAGGGUAAACUGAAUCUUAUAAAUUAAUUAAUUAAUUAUUCCUUUCUCUACACUUGCAUUUUAUAAAAUAUUCACAAUAAACAAAUUAUGUACAAUAAUAAUAACUAUAAUAACUAUAAUAACUAUAAUAAAAAAAUAAAAUAUAAAAUAUAAAAUAUAAAAUAUAAAAUUAGAUUUGAAGUAAAAUCAAGUGAAUAAAUAUUCCACCAAUGGCCAAUGUCAAUAUAAU